CAUCCUGGUCUCAACUCAACUCGCCAUUAUUUGAACAGUAUAGUCUUCAUAAUAACACUAUUUGUCAGCCGAGCCAUGUCGAAGACCGCUGACCACCGAACGCACCUCGUUCUUGAGAACUACAUCGGAGGAAAGUUCGUCCCGUGCUCCCGACACAUCGACUCCUACGACCCUUCCACCGAGGUCUACUGCAAAGUGCCCGACAGCGGAACGGAUGAGGUGGAGGCUGCGGUGCAGGCCGCUAGAGAGGCAUUCCCUGAUUGGUCAGCCCGUAGCCCAGCUGAGAGAGGUCAGGUGAUGAAUAAACUGGCUGACCUGAUGGAAGCUCAGCUGGAAGAGUUGGCCCAGGCAGAGUCACGAGACCAAGGUAAAACCGUAAUGUUCGCCCGUACGGUGGAUGUCCCACGGGCGGUCUAUAACUCCAGGUUCUUUUCCUCUUCUGUUCUCCACCACACCACCGACUGUACUACCAUGGACCAUCUGGGCUGUGUCAACUACACUGUCCGUAGUCCUGUGGGAGUGGCUGGUCUGAUCAGUCCCUGGAACCUGCCUCUAUACCUGCUCACCUGGAAAAUCGCUCCGGCUGUUGCUACGGGCAGCACGGUGGUUGCUAAGCCCAGCGAGAUGACGGUAACCGCCUGGAUGAUGUGCAAACUACUGGAGGAGGCCGGGUUUCCUCCGGGUGUGGUCAACAUGGUGUUCGGCACCGGCCCGCGGGCGGGCGACGCUCUCGUGGGCCACCCUGACGUCCCAUUGGUCAGUUUCACGGGCUCCACGGCGACAGCCCAGCGGAUCACAGAGCGCUCGGCUCCGUUCUGUAAGAAGCUGAGCCUGGAGCUGGGUGGGAAGAACCCCGCCAUCGUCUUCUCAGACGCUGACCUAGACCAAGCUGUCACCACCACCGUACGAUCCUCCUUCUCCAAUCAGGGUGAGAUCUGUCUGUGCACCAGUAGGAUCUACGUAGAGAGGAGUAUUUACCCAGAGUUCCUGAAGAGGUUUGUGGCGGCCGCGCAAUGGAAGACUGGUGCGCCCUCCGACCCCGACAACAAUAACGGAGCUCUGGUCAGCAGGGAACACCUGGAGAAGGUGCGUAGCUUCGUGACCCUGGCUCGGUCGGAGGGCGCCACGGUGCUGUGUGGGGAGGGCGAGGACCCGCUGCUGCUCCCCCAACGUAACACCAGCGGCUACUUCAUGCGUCCCACCGUCAUCGCCGGCGUAGCCGAGUCGUCCCGUGUGAUGCAAGACGAGAUCUUCGGCCCCGUCGUCUGCGUCAACCCCUUCGACGGCGAAGACGAUGCUGUCGCUAAGGGCAACGGGGUACGUUAUGGCCUGGCGGCGACUGUGUGGACGCGUGACGUCGGGCGAGUGCACCGGGUGGCGAGGAGGUUAGAGGCGGGGCUUGUCUGGACCAACUGUUGGCUGGUCAGAGACCUGAACCUACCGUUCGGAGGCAUGAAGAACUCAGGGGUGGGGAGGGAAGGAGGGAGGGAUAGUUAUCACUUCUUCACGGAGGUGAAGACCAUCACUGUUAAACACUGAGAGGAUGGAGGGAAAACAUGUUUCUGUUGGUGUGUGGUCUUGUUGUUCUUUGUUAGGGUUUAGAGGUUAGGGUUUAGGGUUAGAGGUUAGGGUUAGGGUUAGAGGUUAGGGUUAGAGGUUAGGGUGAGGGGUUAGAUGUUAGGGUUUAGAGGUUAGCGAUUAGGGUUAGAGGUUAGGGUUACAGGUUGGGGUUAGAGGUUAGGGGUUAGGAUUAGGGUUUAGGAGUUAGGGUUAGGAGUUAGGAUUAGGGGUUAGAGGUUAGGGGUUAAGGGUUUAGAGGUUAGGGUUUAGAGGUUCGGGUUAGGGUUUAGAGGUUAGGGGUAGAGGUUAGGGUGAGGGGUUAGAUGUUAGGGUUUAUAGGUUAGGGUUUAUAGGUUAGGGUUAGAGGUUAGGGGUUAGGGUUUAGAGGUUAGGGUUUAGAGGUUAGGGUUGAGAGGUUAGGGUUUAGAGGUUAGGGUUAGAGGUUUAAGGUUAGGGUUAGGUUUAGAGGUUAGUGUUAGGGUUAGAGGUUAGUGUUAGGGUUAGAGGUUAGAGGUUUAAGGUUAGGGUUAGAGGUUAGAGGUUAGGGUUAGGGUUAGAGGAUUAGGGUUCGGGUUAGAGGUUAGAGGUCAGAGGGUUAGAGGUUAGAGGUUUAAGGUUAGGGUUAGGGUUAGAGGUUAGGGUUAGGGUUAGAGGUUAGAGGAUUAGGGUUCGGGUUAGAGGGUUAGAGGGUUAGGGUUAGGUGUCUCGCUCAAAUGACUGUUUUGUUUUAUGACAUGAAUUGUUUUAUGAUUAUUUUGCUCACACAUCCCCUUCGAGGCAAUAAAGCUUUCUCUCUGGAUGACUUUCCUCUUGCAAUCACA